AUGCCGUUUACCCGUCUUGUUUGCUGCGCCACGGUGCUGGUCGGAUUGCCAGUUGAAGGCUUCCGACCCUCGGCUUCGGAGUCGACAGUCGCAGACCAAGCUCGCGAUGACGUGUGUUGCUGCAAGUCUUCGAUUGAGGAAUACAAGCCGCCCAGCUCCACAGAAACUCACAUCGUUCCGAUGCAGGACUACCAUUGCAAGAGGUUCAAGCAAGUCCGGCCAGACCGUCCCUUCUGGUGGUGGGGGUCGAAGUGUUGCUGGACCAGCGGAUACGCCUGCACGCCUACUAUAGGCUUUCUCAUGAUGCACAACGACGGUGGGGACAAAGUCUCAGACGAAGCAGAGAAGGCGAAGUGGUGCCCGGUGUCAUCACCACAGGGUGCUGUGGGACCUGUGGACCCCACCAUGGCUUAUAACCAGAACAUUGAGUACCUGAACACCAAAAUCAUGACGACACUGAUCCAGAAUGCAGCAGGAUUCGCUGCGGGCAGCGGGGGGAUUCCCCACAGCACCGGCACCUUUUCGAAGUUCGCCAGUGACCUCAAAACCUGCGACAGAGCCGGUGAAGUUGCGCUUGGGAAUGGCUUCCGGGGCAUCCAAAGGGACCUUGGUGCCGGCACAUCGAUGCUAGAGACACUGUCGCGGGAGCGGCCGAAGAUUGCCUGGAAGUACAGUGACGGGAUAAUCACGUCGGAGUACAGUGACGGGCAGCUCACGUCGGAGUGGAUGCACAUUGAUGUGGACGAGAGCGGGGAGCGUCAAGUGAACAACAAGACUUUCUUGUCCGUGCCCCUUGAACAGGCAAGCUGUAUCGAACUCGAUCAAGGACUCGGGUUCGUAUGCAUCCGUCGGGACCUUUUCGGACGUGGCUUCUCCAUGCAAGCACAGGUGAGUCUGAAGCAGCAAAUCCAGGUCAAAUGCUCCGGUUGA